ACUAAGCAGUACAUUCGAUUUCUCAUUCUCCCCAGACGACUGCACGCCGACCUGCUAGACUUGUUGCCACGACUCCCACCUCACCCCCUGCGGAAGGAACAAACAAAAGAGCUCAUCAACCUCAACACCGCAAUUUGGUGAUCUACCAGACCCGACGUCUCGUUUCCUACACACAAACCGAGUACAUCGCGCAUCGCAGCCAUGUCUGAGCAGCCUUACGAUCCUUACAUUCCGUCUGGAUCCAACGGACCCAGCGCUACCGCUGCGCAAAAUGGCGACCCCCGGACGAGGGAGAUCGACAAGAAAAUCCAAGAAACCGUCGACACGAUGCGCUCAAACAUCUUCAAGGUCUCGGAGCGUGGCGAGCGCCUUGACUCGCUUCAGGAUAAGACCGAUAAUCUGGCAGUAUCAGCCCAGGGCUUCCGCCGUGGCGCCAAUCGGGUGCGGAAACAGAUGUGGUGGAAGGACAUGAAGAUGCGCGUAUGCUUGAUCAUCUGUGUUAUCAUUUUGCUUGUAGUGAUUAUCGUCCCUACUGUGAUCACCACCAGAAAAUAAGUUACGAACGCAGCGACAGUCAUGAUUGUCUUGGGAAUGGAUGACGUUUUUCUUCUU